UCUCACGGCGUGUGUUCGAGGGGAAGGGUGAAAUAUCACAGCACUACAGUCUUUAUAAAGAAGAAACGUCCUUAUCAAAAGAGUUCCGAGAAGCGCCAGAAAGGGUCCUCGAAUAGACCAUCACGAAAUAAUUAAACAUAUGCAGUAACCGUGAGUUUUAAGUGUCGGUGACCGUAGAUUAGCGGCGGCGCUAGCUGUUAUUGUGCUAACACCUCGUUUACAUUCACCGUCAUCAGGCAGCACUAGCCUGUACUCCCCAGAUCCAGCCGAUCCGUUUCACAUUCGCUACUGACGGGACUCCUGCGAGCUCUCGCACUCCAGGCAACCAUUAUUGAGGUCACCCGCCCAGCUGGAGAGGGUGUCGGAGCUAAGACCGUUCCUGUGGCUCCCGUGGCCUCUUGUCACCUUUGCCCCCCUCUCUCAUCCGAAACACUGGACACACACAAGCGGCCGGAGAACGGCGAGAUGCCUGUGAAGCUGGGGGUGGUUCCGGACUCUCAUGCUGUCGGAGCGCCCAAAGAGAGGCACAGUCGUGGGGACGCCCCGACGAGCAUGGACGGACUGGCGGUGGAGGUGCGCGGCUCUAACGGGGCCUUCUACAAGGGUUUUAUCAAAGAUGUACAUGAAGACUCACUCACAAUAGUCUUUGAAAACAACUGGCAACCGGAGAGACAGCUGCCGUUCAGUGACGUGAGGUUGCCGCCCCCACCCGAUUACCAAAAGGACAUUUGUGAGGGAGAUGAGGUGGAGGUUUACUCCAGAGCCAAUGAGCAGGAGCCAUGCGGCUGGUGGCUGGCGAGGGUGCGGAUGAUGAAGGGAGAGUUCUAUGUGAUUGAGUAUGCAGCCUGUGAUGCCACAUACAACGAAAUUGUCACAUCAGAAAGAAUCCGGCCAGUUAAUCCCAACAGCCCCUCCUCUCAAAGCAGUUUCUACAAAGUCCCCAUUGCUGUACCUGAGGACCUUAGAGAAAUCUGUUUGACCGAGAACAUACACAAAGACUUUAGGAAAGCAAUCGGAGCCAACUGUAUCUUUUAUGACACUUCCACCCACCAACUUAUUGUCCUGUCCACAAAUGAGUCCACAGUGAAACGAGCAGGGCUGCUGAGUGACAUGCACUUCCGGAGUAUUCGCACCAAACUCAUGCUGAUGUCCCGUAAUGAAGAGGCCACCAAACACUUGGAGACAAGCAAGCAGCUGGCAUCUGCGUAUCAGGAGGAAGUGAGGGUGCGUGAGGAUCUAAUGGGUCUGGCCAUUGGUUCUCAUGGUGCCAACAUCCAGCAGGCCCGCAAAGUUGCUGGCAUCACAGCCAUUGAGCUGGAGGAAGAGAGCUGCACCUUCAGGAUUUAUGGAGAGAGUCCAGAAGCAGUAAAGCAGGCCAGGAUAUAUCUGGAGUUUAAAGAGGAUUUCUUCCAGGUGCCAAGGGGUCUUGUAGGCAAAGUUAUUGGCAAAAAUGGUAAAAUCAUCCAAGAGAUCGUGGACAAAUCGGGUGUGGUUCGGGUCCGGAUCGAAGGGGACAAUGACAAAAAGCUGCCCAGGGAGGAGGUAGGCAGGCAGGGGGCUGGCAGAGACAACACUGUCAGCAGCCAAGAGGGAAUGGUUCCCUUUAUCUUUGUUGGAACCAAAGAGAACAUCAGUAAUGCCCAGGCCUUGCUGGAAUAUCACGUGGCCUAUCUACAGGAGGUGGAGCAGUUGCGUCUCGAGCGUCUACAGAUUGAUGAGCAGCUCCGGCAGAUCGGGGUGGGAUAUCGUGCUCCCCCAAGCCGCUCUGGUUCAGGGGUCGGUGGUGAGCGUGACAGGGGCUACCUCACGGAUGAGAGCUCCAACUCCCUGCAGACCACACGUACAUAUGGAGGAAGAGGCCGUGGGCGUAAAGCAAACAAUGCAUUCUCUGGCUAUGGAACAAACUCUGAAAUGUCCAAUGCAUCAGAGACUGAAGAAAUAGUGGACCGGGAGCCUAGGCCCAGAGGGAUUGAAGGAGAUGAGAGGGGCUCUAAACGUGGAGGUCGUGGUCGUGGCUCUAUUGCAGGCAGGGGCCGGGGAGGACCGGUACCCCGAAAUACUAACACUAUCAGCUCAGUACUCCGAGAUCCAGACAGUAACCCGUACUCUCUGCUGGAGGGUGAAGGUGAACUAGGCGGAGAUACCGAUGCCAGUGAGAGCAUGGGUGGCAGUGACCGCAGGAGACGUUCCCGCCGUCGCCGAAAUGACCAGGAACCCAGCCUGAUGGAUGCAGCUGCUAACGAAUCAGACAGUCAGGCAGCCGCCAGUGAGAACGGACUGGAAGAGGAGGGCAGGCCCCAGCGCCGCAAUAGAAGCCGCCGCCGCCGUAAUCGUGGCAACCGCCCUGAGGGAGGCUCCACCAGCCGUGAUAGACAGCCAGUUACUGUUGCUGACUUAAUCUCUCGUGCCGAAUCCCAGAGCAGACAGAACCUUCCAGAGAAGGAGGAGGAGACCCAACACGUAUCCCAUCCCAAGGAAAAUGGGACUAGUGUAAGCAAGGUAGAACGUACUCCCAAGCGUUCCCCCAGCAACGGCGUAGCAUCCUCUGGGGAGGCUCUAACCCUGGUGAAUGGGGUGUCGUAAAACAGUCAUCUCACACCCUUAAGACCCACAUCUAGAGCAAGACACCAUGGCGAAUUCUGUCCCUGCUUGCAUUCACGUAAACCUUUAAACUGACGAAUGAAAAUCGACUAAAAUCCUUGAAUUCAUACAAGUUUACAAGGAGAAAAAGAUACAAAAAAAUGACGAACGCAUCUACUUUAAACAACACAUAACGGUGUAUGUUUAUCCUAUCUAUCAGUACUUAUUGCUUAUUUAAGACAAGCUUGCCAAAAAUGAGCUGGUGGAUAUGACUUCAAUAUCUGACAUAACACAGAAAACAGGACGUGACUAUUUGGGUUUUAUUUUAGAGAAUAUUUGUUUAGUUUUUGUUGUUGUCGUUGCUGUCAUUAUUUGAUUUUGUUUGUUUGUACUCAUUGGUAAUGGGAUUGUGAAAACUCUCCCAAACAGAUACAUCUCUGAAACGGUGUUAGCAAAAUGAGGGAGGAGCUAACGGAGAGGAGAUGAGAUAAAGGUGGAGCCUCUCACAAGUGAUUAAAGGCAAAAAUGGGAAGCGGAUAGACAUUGUGCCUUAAAUUACGAAAGAAAAAAAAAAACUUGAGUUUUCUUUUUUCUCCUUAGUAUUUGCAUUGAUCAUGGGAUGAAGUAGGUGGUUCCUGUUUUUCUGUGUUUUUUAUUUUGGCCAAGGAAAGGAUUAUGCAGAAAAAGAGUUCAGGGUUUAGAUUGGGGGAAAAGGUGUGUGUGUGUGUGUGUGUGUGUGUGUGUGUGUGUGUGUGUGUGUGUGUGUGUGUGUGUGUGUGUGUGUGUGUGUGUGUGUGUGUGUGUGUGUGAGAGAGAUACAG